GCGAGGCCUCGGGAUCCUGCCAGCAGAUGGGAGAUGAGGAGGAGGAGAAGAGAGAAAAAGAUCUGGAGCCUCAUAUCUCCAAGGGGAGUAAGAAGAGGGUGGCAGCAGGUCCAAAUGCAUAGAGCUUCCCCGACGCGGCCCGCCUGCUUUAGAUUCUCCCCAGCCUGGAGAGCCCCGCUGUCCUUCAGUCAAAUCUGCUGGUCGGGGUCAGCGUCCCCGACGGCCGCAUCCUGCUGAGAGACCCUAGCCGACCCUCGGGAACAGAGGAUCGGCGCAGGAGGUUCCCGGCCCCUCACUGGACUGCAUUUCCCAGCAAGCUCCGCGCCCUGCUAGAAGCGGCUAAAGACUAUUUGGGUGGGUGCGGGACCCUAAAAGCUAUAAACGAGUCUCCUAAGGCUGAGUUCCGGCUCCUGGACCACGGCCCCCUCAGCUCUCGACCCACUGUGUAGCGGAAAGAGCAGGGGACGGAAGGAAGAGUCCACGCCCGAGCAUCCCUUGCGGCGGAACAGGCGAUCCACUCGUAGCUGGGCCCAGAGACAUCUCUGCCCAGCAGGCCAGCCUUGGCUUUUCCUUUUCACCCUUCACGGGUCAGAGGAACACAGAAAACUGAAAGACAAGGCGAGAGGGAGAAAGCGCGAAUCUAGGGGCAGACCUCAGCCUGGGGGCAUGGGUGUUGACCACAUGACGUCACUGCCUUCUGAUUGGCCAUCCCUGGAAAUUCUCACCGUUCAUUGGUCAUCCGUCAGGGAGAAGGCCGGUAUAGUAGGCGACCGCCCUCCUGGGGAGAGUAGUUGGGAGUGCUUGUCUCAGCGCAUGCGCCAUGUUGUUUCCCGGCGAGCCCCGCGCGAAUUUCCGGCGCCGAAACCUGGAGGCGGAAACUGGGAACGCCUGGGCGACUGUGGGCGGUGUGAGUCCUGGGGGGCGGGACAGGCGACGCGGCCCGCCUGGCUCCGAGGUCGAGCGCAGGGCUCCGGGAGGCCGGGGCCGGCGCCCCGAGGCAGAGGCCGAAGGGGGCGCGCACCUCAGGGAGGUGCAGGGGAGAAGCCUGGGGCGCCGCACCCGCUGCCCGCCCCUCCGCCUCUCAUCUCCGCUCAGGCAAGGCUGCUGGGACCGAGCGCGGAGCUCUGGCCGGGUCCGCGUUCCCGACUGCCGAGUCCUACUGAGCGACCCUGGAGUGCCUGUCCAGAUGCCAACCCAGCUGCCACUGGGGAUCCCUCUGGGAGAUUGAAGGCCCAGGUUGAGGCUGACCAGCCCUGAGCCUUAGGCCAGGGGAAUGGCAGCCCCCCCAGAGCCUCAGGACCAGGCCCCUGGGGAGGGAGAAGGGCUUCUGAUCGUGAAGGUAGAAGAUUCCUCCUGGGAGCAGGACGCUGCCCAGCAAGAGGACAGCAGGGAUUCAGAGGUGUGCCGCCAGCGCUUUCGGCAGUUCUGCUACGGGGAUGCGGGUGGGCCCCACGAGGCCUUCAGCCAGCUCUGGGAGCUCUGCUGCCGCUGGCUGCGGCCCGAGCUGCGCACCAAGGAGCAGAUCCUGGAGCUGCUGGUGCUGGAGCAGUUCCUGAGCGUGCUGCCCGUGGGCGUCCAGGGCUGGGUAUGCGAACGAUGCCCAGGGAGUGGCGAGGAAGCUGUUGCCUUGGUGGAGGACCUGCAGAAGCAGCCAGUGAAAGCUUGGCCACAGGAUGUGCCCUCAGAGGGGGCGGAACCUGAGGCUGCAGUCCAGGGAUCUCAGGCCCAGGGGCCUCCCCGGAAGGCAGGGACACAAAGCCGGCCACCUGUACCUUGGGAGCAGCACAGCCAUGGUGCCCAGCUUCCGGCUCUUCUUAAAGAGGGGAGCACCAGAGAGACAACAGAUACCUGCUUUGCCUCUGGGGGACCUGUGACAUUUGGAGACAUUCCCUUCUAUUUCUCCCGGGAAGAAUGGGGGUCCCUGGACCCUGCUCAGAGAGAUCUCUUCUGGGACAUAAAAAGGGAGAACUCCCAGAACGUUGCCCUGGGUUUGGGACUCACGAGCCACAGCGAGAGAUCCCGGCUGGAGGAGGUGGUGACGGCGCUCCCGGGCCAGGCUGCUGGCGAUGUGACCGUGUCCUGGAGGCUGGAGGAGGCUGAGACCCGGCCGGGGGUGCCCCGGGGGCGGGCAGUGGGGGCGCGGCGGGGGCGGCCACCCACGCGCCGGCGGCAGUUCCGGGACCUGGCGGCCGAGAAGCCGCACAGCUGCAGCCAGUGUGGCAAGCGCUUCCGCUGGGGCUCCGACCUGGCGCGCCACCAGCGCACGCACACGGGCGAGAAGCCGCACAAGUGCCAGGAGUGCGACAAGAGCUUCCGCAGCUCCUCGGACCUGGUGCGCCACCAGGGCGUGCACACGGGCCAGAAGCCCUUCUCCUGCUCCGAGUGUGGCAAGAGCUUCAGCCGCAGUGCCUACCUGGCCGACCACCAGCGCAUCCACACGGGCGAGAAGCCUUUCGGCUGCAGUGACUGCGGCAAGAGCUUCUCACUGCGCUCCUACCUGCUGGACCACCGGCGCGUGCACACGGGUGAGCGGCCCUUCGGCUGCGGCGAGUGCGACAAGAGCUUCAAGCAGCGCGCCCACCUCAUCGCCCACCAGAGCCUGCACGCCAAGAUGGCCCAGCCUGUGGGGUGAGGGUCGGAAGGGCAGCCCAGGCAGGGUCCCCACCCGGCCCAGUCCACCAUCUCCGCUGCCGGCAGGACUGCAGGGUCCCCCAUGUGCAGAACCCAUCAGCCCUGCCCGCCUGGGGACCUGGCCAACGCCCACCAGGCAUGGAAUCCCUUGUGACCUCGUGGCCAUGCCCCUAACUGCUCUGGGGUUUUUCUUGCCCCCUGGUUUCCUGGAGCCCCGGCACAUUCCAGGCUGGUGGCAUGAGCACAGGGGAGAAGCUGGGGCACAGGGACGUAUGAGGACUCGAGCAGGCCUGGGGUCUCCAUCCCAGAACCCCCUAAGCCUUGCUUGGCCCCGUCGCUCUCUGUUCCCGGCCUUCUUGGCUGGGUCUAUGAGCUGGGCCUCCUGUCCUGCCAUCCUGUGCCUUCCCACGGGGGUGAAGGCUAAGCCUUAGGGUACUGCUGGGCUCUGGGAGGGUCAGUCAGCCCACACCCAUGAGGACCUGGGUCCUGGGUGCAGCCACAGGGGCUUUCUGGCCUCCACCAUUUCCGGACCUUGACCGCUCUGUGCUGUCCCAGCAGCAUGCAAGCUGCCUGCCUCUGCCCUCAGCCAGCUCGCCCCCAGCUGAGUUCCCAAGAGUCACCCUCUACCUGUCUGGGGAGGGUGGUGUUGGCUCCAGGGACAGAGGCCAACUGUGCAGACCAAGAACAGGGCCAGCGGAGGCCCGCUGCCCCCGCUGCUCCCCAGUCUCCUGGAGUUUCGGGGUUUAUGGUACUUAACACUAGCACUCCAUCAGCACCUUGUCACUAACUCCUGAGGCGCUGUAUUCCCUGCAGAAGGGCAUUCACAGGGACAGACCACAGGCCCUCCCAAGGAGCUGGCCCAGCUGGCCUCAAAGGGCAGCAGAAAGGUUGAAUAAACAUGAAAACUUUCUCCAGGCUAUUCU